GUUGGCAACAGUGCCUACGUAUAAACUGUAAAUGAAUGGUUUAUAUUAUAUGGUCUAAAGAUAUAUUUGACAUCGAUUAAAUUUUCUUAUAUUUGUUUCUAUUUCGUAAAACUUCUUAUAUUCAUCAUUAAAAAUGGCACCUUCUACAGAUUGGGAUGAAAUUAAAAGAUUGGCAGCUGAUUUCCAGAAAGCACAGUUAAGCUCAACAUCACAGAGAUUAUCUGAGAGAAAUUGUAUAGAAAUAGUGACAAAGCUCCUAGAGCUUAAACUCAUUGAUGUUAUAUUUACCACUGAUGGUAAAGAGUACUUGACGUCACAGCAGUUAGUGAAAGAGAUGAAAGAUGAGUUGUAUGUACACGGAGGCCGAAUUAAUACUGUGGACCUUGCUAAGGAAUUAAAUGUGGACUUAAACCAGAUCAAUACUAGUGUUUCUGAAAUAGUAAAAGGCAAAGAAGUUCAACUAGUGUCAGGAUAUUUAAUAACUCACUACUAUUUAGAAAAAAUUGCUAGAGAAAUCAAUGAGAAACUCCAGUUACAAGGUCAAUUGUCUGUGGGUGAACUUACUCUUCAAUAUGAUCUCCCAGCUGAAUUAUUACAACACAAUGUUCUUGAAAAGUACCUGGGUAGAAUCAUAUUAGGGAAGCAGGAUGCUUCAGAUUCAAGGGUAUUUUAUACUGAAGAAUACAUCACAAGAACAAAAGCAAAGAUCCAUGGUGCUUUAAUGGGUCUGUUGAAGCCAACACCAGUAUCAGUAAUAAUAAACCACUGUAAUAUGGCUGAUCGUUUGUUUAUGAAUUUGUUUGAUCAAGUUCAUGCCCCGGGGGUCCUGACAGGGCGGCAAGCUGGCGCCCUGUAUGUCCCUUCUUGUUACACAAAGUCGCAGAAUGAUUGGGUUGUAAAUUUCUUCAAACAGAAUAAUUAUCUUGAAUAUGAUGCAUUAUCACGCUUGGGUAUUUCUGACCCCAAGGGUUAUGUUAAAAGGAUUCUAACAAAUGAAGAUUUAACCUUUCUUAGUAGUUGUGUUAUUGGUCCACAAAUAAAACAGCAAUUGGAGACAGCUUUAGAAGAAUGUAUUGCUUCUAAAAGCUACUUGGAUGUUGUACAACUGCUUCCUUCUGUAUUGUCUGACACUGACAUUGCCAAUGUUCUGGAUGAAUUGUUGAAAAAUAAUAGCAAGUCCACUAUGCUUUUUGAAACAACAGUUUUUAGUACACACUUCAUUGAAAAUCUAAAACUAAGCUGCAUGCCUGUUAUGCAGAAGAAAGCUGAAUCUGUUGUUAAAUCUGGCAAAUAUCAGCAGUUUUAUUUAGAAAAACAAUUAAGUAAGGCAUCAGAUAUGGCUCAGCAAGGAUAUGUAGACCACAAAUCUGAAAGGAGAGAGGAGAGAAGAAGGAAGGCAGCCACAGGUAAAGGUGGUGGGGGAACACAAGGUCGGGAGACAAAGACUAAGGCUGUAAAAAAACAUUUAAGAUCAAAACAAGCGGCCCAUGCAUCCGAUUCUGAUGACAACACCAAUGUACUUAAACAAAAUAAAACUGAUCUAGAAAUUGUUAGUGUUCAAGAUGUAGAAAAUGUCAUAAAAGAAACACUUGAAAAUGAAGGCCUUGAUGAUCUAUUAUAUCAAAUUGCAGAGUAUCUGCAAGGAAAUCUUAACUUGGCCGCCUUAGCAUUAGCCAAGGAAACUGCUGAGAAAUUGUUGCAAGAUGCCAGUCAAAACAGAAAACAAACUCAUGCUUCUACUCAAGACAAGAUUAACAUGUUUGUCAAUGACAUAAAACUUUAUGAGAAAGGUUUGAAAUCUUUACCAUCAGACCAACAACCACAGUUCAUCAAGUAUCUUCUAAAAUCUCUCGGAGCUGAUGUACUUGCAGAGUUCUGCAAAUAUGCUGCAAAUCAAUGCAACCUGUCAGUACAAGUAGAUGUUUUAUCUGUUGAACAGAGAAAUAAAAUAAUGAAUGAUUUGUCAGAGGAAUACAAAAAGCCACUGGUAGCUCUAAAUGCAACUAUUGCUGAACAAAAUAUGGAGUUAUUUUAUCAGGCAGUUGAUGUAUGCCUAUCAGAUUGUGGCAUGAUUUUGAAAAAAAUUGAUAAAAAGAAGGAUAAGUUGUUAAUUCAAAACCACAGAGAGAAACUAAUAUCUGAGCUGGAAGUGUGUGAGGACCCUGCUUUGUGCCUGCAUUUAGCUGUGCUCGCCAUCUUCACUGUUGUCACUCAGAAUAUGUUACAUGCUUCUGGAAGGCAGGUGCCAAUAAUAAUAUCGUUUUUGAAGUCACAUUUGAAGGAGGAAGAUUUCCAACAACUUCAGAGAUCUCAUGAUCUAGUUGCCAAAUACUUAACGGCUGCAGACGAAGAAAAAGCGAUCAUUGAAGAUAAACUUAAGGAUGAAAUGCCUUCAUUAAAAACUAUGGUUAAUGAGAUUAAGAAGUAUAAGUAAAAUAUAUUUAACGCCAAUAUUGUUGCAAAGGUUUAUUUUUAAAUAAAUAAUGAUGAAAAAUUUAA